CCGUCGCAAUCAUGGCGGGCAUUGAAAAUUUUAGACCACCUGAUUUGAACAAUAUUUUGGAAGAACAUGAAUUAAAUCAGUUGUCUGGUGGUGUGAAAGAGAAAAUCCAACGUGCAUUUACAUCUAGAACGGCACAGUACGAGGAAUUGAAGGUUAAAUACGAACGUCUUUCAGUUACUUCAGAACAAAGACAGUUAGAAGUGGAGAGCCAGUUGGCAGAGAUCCAGGGAAAUUUAGAAAAGCUUGCAGCAGAAAAUGCUCAGUUAAAGACAGAGUUAGCUGACACAGUUGAAAAGUUAACAACAGCAACAGAAAAGUUAAAGUCAAUCCAGGAGGAGGAAAACUCUUCUCUCUCUACACAGCUCCGUUUGACAAAAGCAAAUGAAACUCUUGAAUCAGAGAAAAGGGAUUUGACUGUUUUACUGGAAAAGAGGAGUAAAGAGAUAGAGAGACUAAAUGAGGAAUGGAGUAGUUUGUCUGACAAGUUAGCUCAGGCCAACAGAGAGAAAACUGAGGCCCAGGCUCAAGCCGCCGAGUUCCAGAGCCAGGUGGUGACAUCACAGUUUACACAGAAGAGGUUAGAGGAUGAGAAGGAAGCUCUCCAGAGGCAGAUUGAUCUGUUAAACAAGGACUUGUCAGAAAAAACUCAGCAGCUGUUUAAUGUCAGGAAGGAACAGUCUGCCAGGAAUUUGGACCUACAAAGUCGCUUAGAAGAACAGACAGAUGAAAAUCAACAUCUCCAAAACACGAUAGAUGCACUGAGAAAGACUAAUGCAGAACAAGUCAAAAAGAUUGAACAGUACAUAGAAAAACUGCAAGAUGCCCAUAACAAUCAGGUCCAGGCAGAUGAACAAUUCAGACAGGAACUGGAGGCCAAUCAGAAGUUAUCUGAUCUCUACAAGGGCCAGGCCUCAGACCUUGAAGAGAAGUGUAAGGAGUUGAUGGGGGCAGUGGAUGAGCUGAGGAAGUUACUGAAGGAGGCCUCGGUCUCUUACACAGAGCUCCAGAACCAGCAUCAGUCAGACGUAGAACAACUCAACGUAGAACUCACAGACAGAGAAAACCAAAUACAGAAUUUGAGAAAGGAGUUGGAGAAUGCUAAUGAACUUAUUGAGGAAAUAAAAAAGAAAGCUGCCACCAGUGAACAUGUGGAGACUCUCUUCCCUAACGCAGCAGCCACAAGUAAAUUAGUAAAUUCUGGAAUGUCUCUAACACAGAUCUAUAAUGAAUAUAUGCAAGCCUCCGAAAAUCUCUACUUGGAGAAGGAGGAAACCAAACGACUCAACAGCUACAUUGACACAAUACUCCAGGAGAUAGAAGAGAAGGCUCCUUUGAUCCGUAAACAGCGGGAGGAUUACGAGCAGUCCCUGGAGACGAUAGAACAGAUGAACAAACAACUGGAUGCUGCGUUACUGGAGAGUCAGAACAUGAGGAUUGAAGCGGAUGAGGCCAACAGAAAAUAUAAUUACAUGAAACGGGAAAAUCAAAAACUACAACAGCAGACUGAAGACUUGUCAAAACAGGUGCAGUUUCUAGUGAAGGAGAUUGAGGAAGUGAAGGGGAGGAGAAUCAUACAAGAGGAUGACAUUUCUUGUGUUGACAUCUCAAGCACCACCUCAUCAGAAGUCAUCUCAGGUCACCUGGUUACAUUCAGAAACAUUGAGGACCUACAGCGACAGAACCAGAGAUUAUUAGGGGUUGUCCGAGAUCUCAGUGAGAAGAGAGAUGAGGAGGAGAGCCUGGCCGCAGAGGAAAAAACUAAAGAUCUGAAGGAGCAGCUAGAGAGAGCCCUCAGUGAGAUGCAGGAACUUAAGUCAGCCAGGGACAGACAGGCUACCAUGGUGGAGUCCAUUGUGAGACAGAGAGAUUAUUACCGAGUUCUGUUACAACAAAAAGAAGAUGGUCAGGUGCUAGAAAUGACAUCAACAACAGCUGUUACCCCAUUGAAGAGCCCCAUUUUGAGAAGUCCCCUAAAGAGCCCCGCUCAUGUUCCCGACAAGGCCCUGGAGGAAGUCAAAUCUGCCUUCAAACAAUGUCAGGAGGAGUUUGAUCGCCACAAAACAGAAAUGAAGGAACAAGUCAGAAUGCUGAAUGAAGAAUUGAGGGAAAAAGAGUCUAAACUUUCAGAAAUGUUGAGGCAAAACAUGAAGUUAUCAUCUCAGCUGGAGUAUGGAGCUGAGAGAAAUAAAAUUCUACAGGGGAAUGCUGAGGGAUACAAGAAAGAGCUGGCCUCUCUUAGUGAAAAAGAGAAAAAGUUAUUUUCUUCUGUAGCCAAACAUGAACAGACUAUCAAUACACUGAGACAGGACUUGUUGUCAACCCAAGAGAAGCUGUCUAGAGCAGAAGCCCAAUGUCAUCAUCUUAGAACAGAGAAGGAAUUAUUAAGGAGUGCAGAACAGAGGCUUCUACUAGACAUUGACAAUUUAAGGAGAGAGAAAACUUCACAGAGCAUGUUGAUGGCCAAUUUACAGUCUAUACAGAAUACAUUAGAACACUCUGAGAGGGAAGUGAGAAGUAGAUAUACAAAUAAGAUAGAAAAGUUAGAGAUGGAACUGAACACAGCCAGGAGAAAUCUGAAGGCAACUCAAGACGAACACAAGGCAGUGGUGGAACUCUGGGAGAAUCAAACAAAACAACUUCGUCAACAACUAGAAGGGGAGAUAAAAAAUCAUGAAAAUGUCAAAAAAAUUCUACAGGACACUCGUCGGCAGCUGGAAGAAGCCAAAGCGCAGUUAAAGACUACUGAAGCUAAUCUAGUGGAGGCUCAAAGAAGAUCAGAAAAUGGUCUGAGGACUGCACCAGUAACUGCCCCUGACAGAGCCCCACCAGCUAACACAGAGGAAGUAAAGACAUUGAAGUAUCAAGUAACGGAAACCAAGAGGGAAGUUCAAAAUCUGAAGGAACAACUAGAGAGGGGUAAACAGCAUGUGACUGAGUACAAAAGCAUUGCAGACAACCUGCAGAAGGCCCUCACAGAACAAACUGAGUGUACCAAUCAGAUGGAGGAACAACUGAGGAGGGAGAAGGAAGAGAAGCAGUCUGUGUUAGAGAGACUGAAGGCAAUAGAGGGAGAGUCUCAAAAGCAGACAGAGGAAAUGAUGAAGGGACUUGAUGAGCAGCAUAAACUGAAUGGUGAUCUGAAAAAGCAGUUAACAAAACUACAGAUGGAACUAGAAGAAGCAGUGUCAACCCGAGACUCAGCCCUGGCCAGGGAGGCAGCCAGCCGGGAGGAGUGUAAUCAGCAGGUCCAGAUGGCUAGUGAGGCCAAGGACAAAUACCAAAGAGAGCUGAUGCUUCAUGCUGCAGAUGUAGAGGCACUGGCAGCUGUCAAGAAACAGCUUGAAGAUUUCCAUUCUAAAUUGGCAAUUGAACAAGAAAUCAGAAUAAAAGCAGAAAAAGACUUGGAGGAAGGAAGGAACUCAUGGUUAGAACAGGAGAAGAUUCUGAAGGAGGAGUGUCUGAGGUUGGAGAAGAGAAGUGAGGAACUCUCCAGUCAGAAUGACAUUCUUCACCAACAGAUGGAGAAGAUGAGCAAUGAUGUAUUGUCCAUACAAAGAGCGGUCACUCGAUCCGGGUCACCUCAGAAACUGGCCGACCUAUCAUUUGAUGAAGAUACAGCUCGGUCCACAGAACAACUACAGGAAGUCAUCAGAUUUUUACGAAAAGAGAAAGAAAUUGCCCAGUCCAAGUUAGAGAUAGUGCAGACAGAGUGUAAUAAUGUCAAGUAUAGAUACGAGACACAAAAGAAGGAAUUAGAGGACAUGAGAAAGGCGCUGACAGAGCAGCAGAUUAAAGCACAGGCCAAUGUCCAGACCGCCUCACAACAUGCUGAUCUGAUGAGAAAAGUGGAGAACUUGAACAUUCUGACCGACAGUAACAAACUUCUGAGGGAGGACAAAAAUCGCCUGGAGCAGCUAGUACAGGAGCUUGAGGCUAAGGUGUCCAACCUUGAGGCUAGUGUAAACCCACUACAAGCCUCCAUACGGGACCUGACAGCAGAAAAAGAGGCAUUAUUAAUUGAAAGGAAUACUCUGAAGAACGAGGUAGACCGCUGGAAGAGUCGAGCUAAUCAUCUUAUAGAGCAGGCAAACAGAACAGAUCCUGAUGAACACAGAAAAAUUCUUCUAGAAAGAGAUGCUUUGAAGUUGAGAGUGAAACAACUUUUUGAUGAAUCUAGUAAAAACAGCCAAGAGAAAGAGAAACUGACACGGGAUCUUAAAACAGCCAACGAAGAGCAGUUACGUGUCAAGAAAGCACUACAAGACAUGACAAACACUAGACAAGAACUACUCAACAGGAUUACCAAUCUACAAAAAGAACUCAGUCAAUCACAAACUAUUGCCAGCUCAAAAGAAAAGGAAAUUUUCCAGUUGAGAAAUAAUUUAGCUGAGAAAGAAAAUGACUUCACCCAGACCAAAAACAAAGUAUCUGAACUUGAAGCUGAGAUUCAAGGUUUCAAGGCACAAAUUGAUGAGAAGGUCAAGGAUGUAGAGGAAAAAGCUAAGACCAUUAACCAGCUCAGAAAAAUUGGGCGAAAAUACAAAGAGCAGGCAGAGUCACUAAACAAAGAGAUAGAAGAACUUAAAACUAAGUCUACAACGGAACAGGCCAGCCAACCAGCUGAGGAGGAAACCACCCCAAGUCAGGAAGAGGUGGAUCAACAGGUGGUGGCCAUCAGGGAACAGCUGACGCAAGCCGAACAGGAGAGGGAUGAUUUAAAACAGAAGCUAGAGGUUCAGAGUGGGGAGUAUGGGGGAACAAAGAUGCAGCUGGCUCAGGCACAACAGGAGAUUUCCCAAUCAAAGGCAGAGAUUGACCAAUUAAAGAAGAAGAAUGAAGAAUAUGAACAGAAACAAAACCAGUCCAAAAAUGUUCUUCAAGCCGUAAAGAAGAAACUAAGUUCUCAGAACGAGGAGAUCGGGAAACUCACGGCAGAGAAUACCGAACUUAAACAGAAGGUCUCCGCAGAACCACCUAGUGGUGCUACAGAGGAGGCAGAGUCCAGAAUGGCUGCCAUGAAAUCGACAUACGAAAACAGAAUCAGCACCUUAACAAAGGAAGUCACUGACAACGCCCAGCAGGUCAGGACAUCAGUAGCCGAGAUAGCGGACAAAAACAAACAGCUGGAACAGUUAAUGACCGAGAAGGCCGAGCUCCAAGAUAAGAUUGCAGCCAUGCAGAAACAGAUUGAUGCCCAACCAAAGCCAGUGGCCCCACAACCCCAGGCAGCUCGUCCGGCAGCCACGGUCACAGUGGAGAGGGCAAGGCCUGUAGAUAGGUCAAGUGUAUCAGUGGCAGAGUCACCUAAAACAGCCAACAUCAAACCCAUGUCUACAUCUCCAGCUGCAGUACGGCCUCAAGUCCCUACCUCCCAAUCACAGACGGCAGGGUCAAGGGUGAUCGCUAACAUUCGUCCAAUGGCUAUUGCUCCCACCAGUAUAUCACCUUUAGCAGUCAGUGUGCCUACACCCACAGCCACAGUAAUGCCUACAACAGUGUCUCAACAUGAUGUCACCGAUAGUAAUGAGGUGACUCAGGCCCAGUUGUCUCCGGUGAUGACAUCUCGCCCGACCCAGCAGGUCCAGAGAGUCACACCUCAAGUGGAGGCCUCCGCAGAUUCUUCCACAUCCUCUAGUGGACAAAUCAUUCAAGAAGUUCCAAGCAUUCAAGAACAAACAGUGACACAGUCUGAGGUAGAAGUUUCCUCGGCAGCAUCCUCAGCUACAAGUGAUAAUAGUGAGAGUCAAUCAACAUCAACUGCAAGGGAAAUAACGCCAUCUACUUCCUCCUCCGCUGUGACAAGGGAGGUCACUCCUACAACAUCAGUGGCACCAGGAGCAAGGGAUACCACCAGUGUUUCUUCUGUCAGCAGGGAGGGUCAAUCUCUGGGGAAGAGAUCAAGAGAAGAGACUGAAGGCCAAGGAGAAGAAACAGAACCAAAGAGAACUAAGGUGUCAACAGCUCAGGGCUCACCGAUUCCAGCCAUAACAGUUACAGAUGAACAUGCUAAUACACUGACAGUAACAGAGGAAGAACCAGUUCAGGAACCAGGACAGGAAGUCACUGAGGUUCAAACUCCACAACUGUCAACCCAGGAGUCAGAGAUAUCCCUGGGACCAGCAGAGUCUACAGAUGACUUGGUGGAGGAUUUGUCCUCAGAACCUGCAGCACUCUCAGACUCGCAAGGACAACAGAAUGUUGAGGAAAUUCAGGAAGAAGAAGCACCAGAGGAAGAAGAAGAUGGAGAUGAUGCUAUCAUUAUUUUGGAGAGUGAUGAUGAGGAAGAUGAAAAUGAGGGCAUUGAAGAAGAGGAGGAAGAUGAAGAUAUAGAAGAGGAAGAAGAAGAGGAAGAUAUUGAAGAGGUUGAGGAAGAUUAUAAUGAAGAUGAUGAGAUGGAGGGGGAAUACACAGCCUCUCAGCUGGAGGAAAUCCAGGAACAGACUCAGACAGAGGGGGAGGAGGAGGAUGUCAUCCAACUGGAUGAUGAUUCCAACGAUAGAGCAAUGGAAGCACAGGAAGAGGAAGUCCCCCAGACUACCCAGUCUGCCUCCAUCUCCACCCCCACUGUUCUGUUUGGACAGAGAGGGCCCUUUACCAUGGAGAGACAAACAUCCAUGAACAGACAACUGGCACCUUUUAUUCUGGGUGGGCAAACUGGCACAUUUGAGGAAGGGGAAGAUGGAAUUGUCCCCAGUACCCCUACACUGUUUGUCCCAAACAGAGGAGAUGGCUAUGCAGAAGUUGUCAGCUCCCCCAGAAUUUCUAAUCAGAGGUUUACAUUUGGAGCACUCAGUGAGUCUACUUUAGCUCAGCCAGAGCUGGGAGAACUGGCUUCUCAAGGAGCUCUUGGAGGUAUGGAGAGUACCAGCAUGGACCUGUCUGAGUUAGAUGAGGGGACAGGACGCAGUGUCCCCAGCACCCCCCUGAGGACAACAGCACCAGUCCCAGUCAUCAGUGAAGCAGCCAUAGCAUCAGCCCUCAACCCCCAGGCUACAGCCACAAGCUCAGCAGGGGAGACAACAACAGCUCAACCUGACAUGGAAGAAACUCAGGAGGAAGUCAGUGUGGAGGAAGGGUCAGGAGAGCAAGCAGAACCUGAAUUAUCAACAGAAGUAACUGAGACAACAGAAGGAGAAGUCACAACCUCCGCUGGUGAAACAGCUGGGGACACAACAGAACAAGAAAAAGAAGGUGCAGGUGCACUAAGAGAAGAGGAACCGAGCACUUCACAAGAAAAGACAGAAGUUAUAGAAAAGCCAAAGAUCCAGCCUAUUGUAUGGGAGGGAUCUCCUACAUCCUCUGGCCAGCAGACAAGGGGUCGCCCCAUCAGUACUCGUGGGACCCCACAGAGGGGCCAGCUACAGAAUAGGGGGAAUCGUGGGGGCAUGUUCCAGAGGGGACGGGGUGCAAUACAGAGAGCAAGGGGGACUGGCAGAGGUAACCGAGGAGGGGCCUACAGAUCACCAAACAUGUUCUGAUCAGGAGGUCAAGGCAAGGGGAAAUCUGAUGAUUGGAGACAAUUUCUGUAAACUGAGACAGGCUGUUAAUGUAAUCAUGUGUAUGACAUGUUCUUUGUUUUUGGAAAAAGUAAAUGUCAUUUACGAACAUCAAACAGAAUCUGAUCAUGAGGAAAAUGUGUUCAUGUUUCUCAAGGUACACUGAUCACCAACUGUAAUUCCAUAGCAGUAAUCAUGUCGUUUGUUAUUCUGUUGUACAUGUGACUUAAGCUUUAAUAAAUGGCCUGAGCUGACUUGAUAGAAGAUUGAAGAAGAAAAAGUUUUUGUUAAAGACUGUAUGAGAUCCAUAUACAUGUAUGCAUGUGUGGAUCGGAAAGGGGGGGGGGGGGGGGUCAUACCCACUAAUAAAAAGUUUCUUUCCUUCAUAUAUAUAUAUCAUUGACUCUCCUUACUAUUUAACUGGGGUCAAGCAAUGUUUUCUAGGAGUGGAGGGUCCAAGGUAAUCUUUUCCUUACUUUAUUACACAAAGAAGAAGGUAUGGUUUUGGCUUUAUUGUGCCCUAAAAAUUUAAUGUUUUCAAAAAGUUUUGAGAGUAUAUGAGUGUGAUAAUUCAUGAAAGAAUAUGGCAUUAAAGAGGACCAUUCUACAAAUAUGAAGUCAUUACUUUUGUACAUUGUAUUUUUCUAAUUUUUAAGCAGAAAAAGCCUCAAAAUGACUUUUUUCAGGGGGUAUAUUCCUUGAAAAAAAUAGUGUCCACAGCCAUCACCCACUUCAAUAUUCAGAUAUGUUGUGUAAAAUUCUUUGAAAAAUCAAAAUUCUCAAAAUCUUUAGGGGCGAUGCAUGUGGUCUUUAUUAUCUAAAAGAAAAUUUCAUUGAAAAUUGAUGUCUUCUGCAACUUUUUAAGAAAAUACAGGAAAAUGUCCAAGUUUAUGAUGUCACUUAACAAUUUAGGAAGUCAAAUAAGAAAAAUGAUUUGUUUGAUCAUAGUGCAUGGGGUUUUAACAUUUCAGAAAGCAUGAAUUUUAAUUUCUUUCAUAUUUUAGAUAAAUACAGGGCCAGAUUUGUAUUGAAACUGUACCUUGUUCUGUGAAAAUCUGGACUGGGUGGGUGUCAAGACCUGACCCCCCCCCCCCCCCCCCUUCUGGAUCUGUGCAUGUGUAUGGAUUGAAAUUAUUUAAAGUGCUACAAAAAAUAAAAAAUUAUCAUCCAGAUGAAAAUUUUGUUGUGUUCAGUGAUGUGUGCAGUCUAAGACCGUGAGUAUGUUGUUAAAAAAUAAAUAUCAAAAACCAG